AUGUCCGCGUCGCCAGAAAAGACAGCGACAGAACAUGUCGACUGCAGUGAUGGUGGCAAGGACGAGAAGCCCGGGUCCAGCGAGAUGGACUUGGAAAAAAAAGCCUUGUCCGGCACAGAGGAAGAAGGCAUUGUUGAAUACGACGAGUCCGAGACGAGGAAGAUCUUGAAGAAAAUCGAUUACAGACUUGUGCCGUUUUUAUCGAUUCUCUAUCUAGCAUCAUUCCUAGACCGAUCUAAUCUCGCCAAUGCGGAGAUCGCUGGGAUGGAGCAGGACCUUAAUCUCCAGGGCCAGGACUACAACGUUGCGUUGACAAUUUUCUUCGUUUCGUACGCGCUUUUGGAAGUGCCGAGCAACAUCAUUCUGAAGAUGAUGCGGCCUUCGCAUUGGGUUGCUAUCAUGAUGUUUGGGUGGGGGCUCGUGAUGACUCUAAUGGGUAUCGUCAAGUCAUACGAAGGUCUUGUAGUUGCUCGAUUCUUCCUGGGUGUUGCCGAAGCUGGCUUUUUCCCGGCUGCGUCGUAUCUUCUAACGUUGUGGUAUAAACGAUAUGAAAUACAGAAAAGAAUGGCCGUCUUCUACACAGCCUGCUCCCUGGCUGGCGCCUUUAGCGGUCUUCUCGCAUACGCAAUUGAGAAGAUGCAGGGCAUCGCCGGGCUCAACGGAUGGCAAUGGAUCUUCAUCAUCGAGGGGCUGUACCCAGUCGUCUGUGCCGUAUUUGUCUGGUUCCUACUGCCCGACCAGCCCGAAACCGCGAGCUUCUUGACUCAGCCGGAGCGGGAUUUUGUGAUUCAUCGACUUUCUACCGAGACUGGCUCGGGGACAGGGAAAGUGACCAACUCGGAUCGCAUCCAAUGGCGGCAUAUCAAGGACGCGUUUCUCGAAUGGAAGGUUUGGUUGGCCAUGAUUAUUUAUUCGGCGGUUAGUAUCGGUAUUUAUGGCUUUACUUCGACUGUGCCUAUUGCCGUGAAGCAGCUGGGGUAUUCUUCUGCUGAUGCGCAGCUGAUGACUAUCCCGGUAUAUGUUGCGGCCAUGUGCGGUGUGCUUGUCUUUGCUUGGUGGUCCGACUACGUCCGAGAACGCAGCAGAUUCAUUCUCGCAGGUUUCGUAAUCGCGUCCAUCGGGUUCAUCGGCCAACUUGCCAUUCCGCACACGCGACUGGAAGGCGUCACCUACUUCUUCCUCUUUCCCAUCGCCAUUGGGUUGUACUCUCCAUAUGUCUGUAUUGUGUGCCUGGUGGCCAACAACCUGGCACCAAGCUCGAAACGAGCAGUCGGAAUGGCACUGCUGGUGACAGUAGGCAACCUCGGCGGGAUUUGCGGUAGUAAUAUCUUCAUGUCCAAGCAGGCGCCCAAGUACCCUGUUGGAUAUGGCGUGUGUUUGGGCGUGCUAGUCUGCUCGAUGGCGGCGACGCUGGCGAUGCGGUAUUUCCUCAAGAAGGAGAAUCAAAGGCGAGAUGAUUUUAUGGCUGGUAGGACCCUGGAGGAGGUUAGGGCUGAGUAUACCGAGGAGGAGCUGCUUAACCUAGGAGACCGCAGUCCGUUUUUCCGGUACACAUUGUGA